GUGUGUCUCAGCUCUCGGUUAGCAGAGCUGUCACUGAAGUAGAGGAGAGCACAGCAUGCCCUUUUGUCGUCAUUCGAUCCGUGAGCGUACGAUUUAUCCUGGAACGGGGGACCUGAGAUGUGAGAUAUAAGCCUUGCUGUUAGAACGCCAGUGGUUUUGUCAUAAUGAACGAAAAGUAACCUGCAAACAUCCAGUAACAGGACAGCCAUCCCAGGACAACUGUAUUUUUGUUGUGAAUGAACAGACUGCUGCAGCUAUGACAUCUGAAGAAAAGAAGGAGCGACCAGGCAGCAUGAUAUGUGAAGCAACUAACUAUAGUUUGACCUCAGAUUAUGCUGCUCAUCCAAUGAGUCCUGUGGGCAGAACAUCACGAUCUUCAAAGAAGGUUCAUAAUUUUGGAAAAAGAUCAAACUCAAUAAAGAGGAAUCCUAAUGCACCUGUUGUCAGACGUGGCUGGCUCUACAAGCAGGAUAGUACUGGAAUGAAGCUGUGGAAGAAACGGUGGUUUGUGCUCUCGGAUCUGUGUCUCUUCUAUUACAGAGAUGAGAAAGAAGAAGGAAUAUUGGGUAGUAUACUUCUGCCCAGUUUUCAGAUAUCCAUUCUUUCUCCUGAGGACCAUAUUAAUCGUAAAUACGCCUUUAAGGCAGCUCAUCCAAACAUGAGGACCUAUUAUUUCUGCACAGAUACAGGGAAGGAAAUGGAGUUAUGGAUGAAAGCCAUGACAGAUGCAGCACUUGUGCAGACAGAGCCUGUGAAAAGAGCAGAGAAGCUAACCGCUGAAAACACAUCACCUCGAGAGGCAAAUAAUAUUUCAAACCAUCGGGUGCUAAUUAAGCCAGAGGCACAAAAUAACCAGAAAAGCAAAGAAGUAAACAAAAAUGAAGAGAAGAAAGCUUUGGAAGCUGAAAGAUAUGGAUUCCAGAAAGUUGGGCAAGACAAACCAUUAACAAAAAUUAACAGCGUAAAGCUAAAUCCUUUAGGGUCAGAAUAUAGGACUUUACCUACCAGCACGGUUCAGGCUGGACACUUCAGGCCAGUUCAUUUAAACGGGUCUGAGAAUAAAGCUGUUGGUGUUGUCCUGGCAGACACGGGAGAUGGAGGUCAGCACAACGCAAUUCAGUCGCAUAUGGAGUCAGAGCGAGUCAUGCAGAGAACUAAUUCAAUGCUGCAGCUGGAACAGUGGAUUAAAAUGCAAAGAGGAAAAGGACAAGAAGAGGAAACAAGAGGCGUAAUCUCGUAUCAAACAUUACCAAGAAACAUGCCAAGCCAUCGACCUCAAGUUUUACCCCGGUACCCAGAAGGCUACAGAACGCUGCCCAGGAACAGCAAAGCACGGCCGGAGAGCGUCUCCAGCGUAACACCAUCAGCUUACGACCGGACCAUGGGGCCAGCAACAGCUGAGGAGAAACGACGGUCAAUGCGUGACGACACAAUGUGGCAGCUCUAUGAAUGGCAGCAACGUCAGUUUUACAAUAAGCAAACAACCCUUACGAGACACAGUACGUUAAGUAGUCCCAAAACUAUGAUUAAUAUUUCUGAUCAGGCAAUGCAUUCGAUUCCCACCUCACCUUCUCAUGGUUCAAUAGCUGGUUUCCAAGGAUAUUCCCCACAGCGGACCUACAGAUCAGAAGUGUCUUCGCCAGUGCAAAGGGGAGAUGUAACUAUUGAUCGCAGACAUAGAGCGCAUCAUACUAAGCAUGUCUUUGUGCCUGACAGAAGGUCAAUGCCAGCAGGUCUGAGUUUGCAGCCUCUUACUCCUCAGAGCCUCCAAGGCAAAACACCAGAGGAGCUCACGCUGCUGCUAAUAAAGCUGAGACGGCAGCAAGCUGAACUGAGUAGUAUCCGGGAACACACACUAGCACAGCUCAUGCAACUAAAACUUGAGGCCAGCAGCCCAAAGAACGAGAUUCUUUCACAUCACCUUCAAAGGAAUGCCAUAUAUUUGGAUCAUCAGAUGAAAGAGAAUGAACCUUUAAUCACCAUGGUUCACACUAUGAUUGAGAACUCGGCGCUAAGACCACAACUGUACCAUCAAUUAACACAAGAAGAAUGUAGGGGUACACUGUACAAAUAUAGAACUGAAGAGCUGGAUAUUGAUGCUGAGCUUAGCCGUUUAUGUGAACAAGAUAAAGUUGUGCAAGCACUGGAAGAGAAGCUUCAACAGCUACACAAGGAGAAAUACACGCUUGAACAAGCUUUGCUAUCAGCAAGUCAAGAGAUAGAAAUGAAUGCAGAUAACCCAGCAGCCAUACAAAACGUAGUCUUACAGAGAGAUGACUUGCAGAAUGGACUACUUAGCACCUGUCGAGAAGUAUCUCGAGCUACUGCAGAACUGGAAAGAGCUUGGAGAGAAUAUGAUAAAUUAGAGUAUGAUGUAACAGUAACGAGGAACCAUAUGCAGGAGCAACUUGAUCGACUUGGAGAAAUUCAGACUGAGUCAGCAGGGAUACAGCGUGCUCAAAUUCAGAAGGAACUGUGGAGAAUUCAAGAUGUCAUGGAGGGUCUAAGCAAACAUAAACAACAAAGGAGCUCUUCAGAAGCAGGCAUGAUUGGAUCAAGGACCUUUUCAGCUAUUAAGUAUAAAAAUGAGGAAGAGGAAGUAGUCCCACCUCGUCCUCCACUCCCUCGGUCCUAUGACUUUACAGAGCAUCCUCCCAUAAUCCCCCCUCUGCCCAGUGAUAGCAGCUCCUUGCUCUGUUAUAGCAGGGGCCCAGUACAUCUGCCAGAAGAAAAGAAGAUUCACCAAGUUCAAGGAUAUCAGAGAAAUGGAUCUCACUGUGGUCCUGAUUAUAGACUUUAUAAGAGCGAACCAGAGUUAACUACAGUAGCAGAAGUGGAUGAGUCUAAUGGAGAAGAAAAGAUGGAACAAAUUUCAGAAUCAGAAUCUACAGCUAAAGGCUCACAUUUUCCUGUGGGAGUUGUACCACCUAGAACCAAAUCACCAACUCCAGAAUCUUCAACAAUAGCUUCUUACGUCACUUUAAGGAAGAAUAAGAAGAUAGAUCUAAGAACGGAAAGACCAAGAAGUGCAGUGGAGCAGUUGUGUCUUGCAGAAAGCACUCGGCCUCGAAUGACUGUGGAGGAACAGAUGGAAAGAAUAAAAAGGCACCAACAAGCUUGCCUAAGAGAGAAGAGAAAAGGACUGAAUAUUAUUGGCGUUUCAGAGCAAUCUCCUUCACAGAGCCUGUCUUUUGUCAGAGAUAAUCCAUUUAAGUUGACACAGAGUCGAAAAAAGGAUGAUACUGUACCUAGUAACAUAGAGAGUGCCAUUAAAGAUAAUUUGAAACAAAAUAAUGACAGUCCUGGAGAAGAAACAGCACAACUAAAAGAUGAUGGAGCACAGGAACGUAAUUCAGAUUUUACUGAAGAGCUGACAAAAACUGAUGAUCUUUUAUCAGAUGCACAUGUUGUAUCUGACUUAAAAGAAGUGAAUAAUGAAGAGAAAGCAGAAAAGGAAAAGAAAAAUAAAUCAGGAGAAACACAUGAUGGUGAUAUAAGCCUGCAGAGUGUGACCACAGUUACCAACCACAAACCCAAAACCCGUUUGGAAGAAAGUGAAGUAGUCAGCGUUCAAGAACAAGGAGGAAUAAUUUCUUCAUUUGAAUUAGCAGCACAGUCUUCAAAAGGAAAUCAGACAACAGCAGUGAAAGGUUUGCCUUCUUCACCAGAAUCGUCGUUGUCACCAGCUCCAUCUACCAAACCCCAGCUCACAGAAGGAUCACAUUUCAUGUGUGUAUAGUUACAGAGAACACUAACGGCUUCUGUUGAAACAAUUGAUGCCUGAGAUGUAUGGACCUGACCUAUGGAAAUGUGAGAAGAUAUUGUACAGUAUAUUUUAAAUCUAUGAAAUUCAUAGUUCUGAUGCUUUUUGGCCACAGAGCAUCAUUUUAUCACUUCCUGGAAAAUGUUUAUUCCAAGAGAGCUUUAAAUGGCCCAUACGUACACUCAACCUUCAGAUUGUUCUCCUGAUACCAGCUUGCUGCUAUGAUUUCUGUGCACAUAAAAUAAAGGUUCUUUUUAAUGUCCAGCAUACAGUUAGAACUUUAUUUGAAAUUUUCCUGAAUUUAGUGUUCUUUUCAUUAUGGAUCAUAGAAAUUUGCUUUUUGCUUCUUUUAGAUACAUAAUAAAUCAGUUAAUUUUACAUAUCACCACUAAACCUUGUUUUACACUUUUUAACGCUGCAAAGUAUUGUUUUAACAUGUUAUUUGUAAAAAUUUUUAUAUGUAUAAAUAUAUAUAUACAUAUAGAUAUAUUUAAAAUGUGCCAUUUUUAUUAUUGCUUAGUAAAAUAUGUCCUGUUUCUGCUGUAAUUAUUUCUUAGUCAGGUUGCAAUGUCAGCAGUUACUGCCACACUUCUGUCAACAUACACAUUAAUGUUAGUGCUUUUUUUUUUUUUUUCUUAAAUAAAAUGGAGUGUAGGUAUUUUGAGGUACUGGGCUUUUCCUUUGUUGGGUUAGGGUGUGUACAGCAAUAAGCAGGUUUUGAAUCCAGUACUUAGUUUGUGUACAAAUGUAAUUAUGUUCAUUGUGUAUAUAUUAUACAAUGAGCACAGCUGAUGUAAGUAUAAGAAGCUGCUUAUUAUUGUUCAAAUGCAAAUGUUCAUAUCUCAUUUCUUUUAUAUCAUAUUAAAUAAAUGUUGAUGUUCUUAAGGACUUGUACGGUUAGUAUUUUUUCCAGCAGACAGCUGUCAUAAUGGUGUGUUCCACCUCUUGAUGUGGGGAAUGCAACAGUUCUUAUCUCACUGGCGACACCACCUAUCAACCAGCGUAGCAGUGACAGACUUUUAAGAGAUUCCAGUCUUCCUCUACGGGAAAGAACAAGGCUGCAACACAGAACACAGACAACUUGAAACUGAGACACAAGAAAUACAGGUUCAGCUCCUGACUCUCCCAGGCUUGUAUCAUGUCAUUGGGUUAAUCACUUAGUCAUUCUGUGCCUCCAUUGCCUGCCUGUUUACCUGAGAGGUAAUAGCCUGUCUCACUGGGGUGUGGUGAGAAGUAAUUCAGUAUUUGCAAAUGCUGAAUGCCACGUUCAGUAGGGUUAGGGAGAGAAGUAUGAUGAUUCCUUGAGGCUUUGACAUCUGCAAAGCAUCUUUCAGGAAGCAAAAGAAAACCUGAAAUAAUUUGUCAGAUGUCAUCAUGCUACAGAUGUUACUAGCCUCACUUUUCCAUCUCGCACGGCUGUCUGAAUUUGCCAGAGACCAAAGAGGCUUAGAAAAGAAUGAUGAAAAAUGAAAAGAUUUAAAGGGAAAGCUUUUGAAUCUAGGAUAUCAAGAUAAGAAAUCUUUUAAAGAUUUAAGCAACUGCUCUGUGCUUCCAUGCAUGUGUGUGCCAUAAGUGGUAAGGAAAGUUUCAUAAGAAGAGUGCCAGCUCCCGUUGUGCUUUUUUUUUUUUUCUUUCCUCCAUUAUAUAAAUCAUAUCCUGUUAAAGUUCAUCUGAAGGUACUGGAGACUACAGAAUUCACUCUGCUUUUCUAUGAGAGCCCGGGUCUGACAUGCAGUUUGAAAUUAACUCUUUAUCACUACCCCUAUAAAAUAGGAGGUUGUGUUCCUCUUACUCUUCUGCCACUCCCAGCUCUGCUCUCAGUUCCUCCUGGGGUGCUUUGCCACGCAGAGACAUAAAGUACGCUGCCUAUCUGUCAUUUUUUACUUUUCUUUGAAAAGUCAAGAAAUAGGAGGCAGAACUUAGCAGCAGAGCUUGGAGGGUUAUAGUGUAAGGACUGGCUGAAGGAAGGAUGAAUCAUGAUGCACACAGAGAGCAUCCAGCUGACAAUUUGGCCAGAUAGCCUUUCCUCCUUUAUUGGAACAGUAGCCCCAGAUUAGUCCAUCCACACAUCCAAGGCUGAGUGAGCACAAGGAGCUUGAUUUUUUUUAUAGCUCAACCAGCUAAGAUUUAAGUUCACCGGCACCACUGAAAUACCUGAGGCAAAGCAAAGCAAAUACAGCACACCCUAUUCUCUCUCUAAACUUUAAAAGAGAUUCUUUCACCUGUCAGUCUUUGCAGUCUCUUCUUGUCCUUGCUGUCAAGAGAAGAAUUGCAGUCAGUUGAGGAAAGAAUGACUAAGUGGUUUUUGGACAUUUAUGGAGCAUGUCUGUGUUUAAGGGAGUUGCUAGUUUGAUAUACCUGCAAAGCAGGUGCAAUUUAUCCUGAGAUUGGGACGAACUGUCAAGUUUUUGCAGGUAUAAUUGUUGGCAAAGGCAGCAAAAGUAGACGAUACAGGAAUGCGGCAAUACUCAUAGACUAUAGUUUUGCUUCCUGUGGGCACUUGUAGCAAAGAUUUGAAAUUUCACUGGGUGCUCUAUCUUUUGUCUCUUAUGGAAAAAAUGUAUUGCUUUGUGUUAUCACAGAGCAUCUUCUGUCUCUUACCUCAUCAAAAUAAUUCAUCCCAGUGGCCAUGCUCCUGAGUUAUAGAAAUAACAAAAUGCUGAUACUGUCAGCUUUCAGACAUCUAUUUUAUGUUUGUAUCUAGGGUAUUUUUAUAUUUCUGAUUGAUUGCUUUAUUGGCUAUUGCACUGACACUUGUAUAUACAGAAUAUGUGCUUCUUUUCCAAAAGUAGAGUCCUUAGGAAUAAUGCAACACAUUCUCUACAGAUGUUCAUGCUCUUCAGAACCAAUUACAUCUAUUUUUGUCUUUUGUUCACCAUUUGCAUUGUUCCAAGACUACUACAGAAUGUGAUUCUUAAGUCCCUUAAUAAAGUGACAUUACUCAAAAAAGUUUUAGUUGGUGUCUUGGCAGUUUUUGUGUGUGAACUGUUGUGGACUGGCUCACAGAGAAAGAACUCAUCGGGCAUUUGAAACCCAGUCCUUGUGUCUGUUACUACUGAACAGGGAAAAGUAGUCUUCAGUUGAAUAAAAAUUUUCUUACAAAUAAAUCUAUCAUAAAACUAGUACAGUAAGGUCUUAUUCUCAGGCAAUCAGAAAAAUUAAAAUUAAAAAGAACAAAAUAAAAUUAAAAACCAGGAGUACCUACAUGAAGAACGUUAAUGGUUUGCAUUGUCAGUAAUAGAGUUACAGGAUUCUGUAGCAUAUGGGCUGGUGGGUUAUAUAGUAUCCUGAGAGAGUAGAGCAGCACAGUGAAAGAUCUUUAAUCAGUGGUUGUGCUGGUCUUACCCCAAACUUUGCAUUAUAGUGUAACAAUGAGGUACUUUGUUCUUUUUUUAAUAAAACAAACCAUAAAUAGUACUCAUUCAGAUCUCGGAAACAGGUCACCCUGUCUAUUCUGUACUAUAAUUUUUUGUCCCUGUAAUCCUGGAUUCUGCUGUACUUAUUUUAUGAAGUUAUUCUGAGGUAGACUCAUUUUAUUUCCGUUUGAAUCCUCAGUUAAAAUGUGAUUUUCCAUCAUUUAGAAAGUUGACAUUUAAAUGGCCUAUGAACAAAUUGCCUAUACCUGGCCUUAAUAAUAUAUCUGGAGCAACUUAAUUUAACUUUUUUAAGGAUGCACGUGAAGAUAACAAAGCAACAUCUGGCCUUCAUUUUUUCUGAAGAACGCUAUAUAUACUUGCAGUUAUAUCCUUGGAGCUGUUUAGCCUCUCCAUAUGGGAACACUGAAGAAGCUGCUACAAAAUAAAAUGGAAUAUGCUGGUGGCUGAAAGCAAAGGUUUGGCCCAAAAUGAAGGCUAAAAGCAGCUGCUUUCUACUUAACACGCACAACUUGUUACCCAGCUGUUCCAGAUGUGUCAAUAUUCAAAUAUUACUUGUGGAAAUAAGUUUGGGGUAUUUUUAUGUGAUGUUUCUCCACUCUGUCAUACACCAAACAAAAUCUUUUGAGAUCUAUCUAAAUGUAUUAGAUAGCUCCUGCUGUGAAACUGUAAGCAUCUCUUCACUGUAACUGUGGGUAAGUAACAUCAUUAGGAGGGCUGCUAAUUGGUUCAUGUGGCAGUCUUUCUACGGAUGUGUUUAAGAAAAGUAUUUAGGCCGGGUUAGCUUCUGUUUGGGAUAAAAGAAAAUGCUGGAAGAAAAUGGUGCUGUUUGCAGUGGACUCCUGUAGAGUGUAACAGGACAAAAACAGAUGUGAUCUCAUUAACUUCUUUAUUGCUGAAACCAAACCUAAAAUACGGAAUGAAUUUUUUGUCAAAUUCUAUCCAGAUCCCUGUUCAAUGGAAAAGGAAUACUUCAAAGAGUUUGAGACUAAAAAUGGAAACACCCUGUUUCUCUUUUGAAGGCAAAAUCGGUAUUACUAAGAAUUGAAGACCCUGCAGGUUGAAGUUCAUUUGUAGAAGCAGUGCAAUCUUCUUAAGACCUAGAGACUUGGUCACUGAGAAUUUCCAAAAAAUACUAAUCCUCAUCUCUCGCCUGGUGUUUCUCCUGAAUCACAGCGAGGUGACUGCUGCUGUUCAGAACUCUCCUCUGCAACUUUAAAUCCACUCUCAACUCAACAUGUAAAAUCUUCUGCAUAACUUGUAUAGAGAAAAAAAAUGCCUUUCCCGUACAACAGCUGUCCCUGUGUAAGAAUAGGGCCAGUUGAAUCCAGGUCACCAAUGUUUAGCUUCAGCUUACAAAAACUGUGGGGCUCAGCAUCUUUGAAAAAAUGAGGCUCAAAGCAUACCAUGAGGCACCUACUUUUUCCAAGUAACUUGCUGCAAAUAAAAUGAUGUAUAAGUCUCCUUUAUUUUCAGCAAUAGAUUCUGUUUGCAAGAACAAAGUUGUUGGUGUUUUCUGAAGUAUUAGCCACGUUGUUGAACAUUGUUAGGUGCAAACAAAUACAUAAGAAUUUGAGAAAACCGUCAUUAAUUUCAAAGUGAUUGUAAAAGAUUGCAAAAUUCAACACCUCUAAACUCAUAAAAAUCACCUUUUAAUAUGAAUUUCUGCUCAGUCUUGACACUAAUUAUAUGUGUAACUGACUGCAUUAUGUUUUGCACAACUUUUUUUUGAUAAAGUCCUACUCACCAACAAGAACAUGUUUCAGAUUCUUUUACCUUUAAAGAAAAGUGUAUUUUUUUUGUAUUUUCAUGUUCAUCUACCAGUUUUGGGGACUGCCAUUGGUGGCUGCUGCAUUUUCUCUUUUUUAACAUCGUAAUGGUUUGAUCUGGACAGAUACAAAAAAAGACAGCUGAACUUUCUGAUUAAUAGCUUCUUCCUGGUGUUUGUGACUGAUGAUACUUUGAUUUCUUGCUGUCUGGAGACUGUUUCAGAGACUUUACAUGUGCAGGGGCAGUUACUGUACUAAAGCAAAUAUGUGCAUGAGUGAGGACUAGUUGAAGUUGUCAUUUCUUGAGCUAGGAGAUUGCCUGGAAGCCUGGAAUUUUGAUGGA